AAUGGAUUUAGAUGAAAUAUUUGGGAAAAUAGAGAAAUAAGAUAAAAAAUAAAAAGAGAAAUAACCAUAAAAGGCUGAUAAACCACCAUAAAAGGUUGAUAAAUAACAAAAGUCAAUUCAGAAUAGGGAAUAACAUUAAUUGAAAUUGAAAUUGAAUCACGAGAUAAAUAGAUUAGAAUUGGUGAAAUUGACAGCGGAGAAUAUUUAUCAAUAAUCAAUAAAUAUAGAGACAGCAAAUUAAUUUGUAAAUGAUUUUUCUAUUUUGUAGCAAAAUGAAAUGGUAGAUUUGGAGAUGGCAUAAAUGAUAGGUGAUGCUGAUUUAUAUGGAGAUAAAAUCAAGCAUAAAGGUUUUUUGAUAGGAAAAUUUGAAAAACCAUUUUAAUUGAGAAAUAAUGCUGAUGGAGAAUAAUAAUGUAAGAAUUAAUAUAUAAAGUAAUUAGAACCUCUUAAAAAUGGUUUAAAUAGACAACUAAAGAUAUUUAAGAGAGAUUUAGGGAAUCUAACUUAUGCUGCUGUGUCAAAAUUGAAUAGCUUAUGGAAAUUAUAUAUUGAAGAUUUAUUGAGUAAAGAAUAAUAAACAGAUUCAAAGUUCUAAAGAUUACUUAGGGCUGAUUUUCACGGAGCAUUGAUUUAGAUAGUGUAUUCCAAAUGUAAAUCCUACGAAGGGUAAGAGGGAAUAGUAGUGAGGGAAAAGAAGAAAUCAUUCAUUAUCAUAAAAGAAAAUGAUUAAUUAAGUGGUAAAUUAAUGAUAAUAUAUCCAAAUAGUUAUAGAGAAAGAAAAUACUAUAUUUUUAUUGCCUGUAGGAAAUAAGACAUAUCGUUUACAUGGAUGUCAUCUUAUUAUUAAGCCGUCUGAAAGAAUAAGAAAGGAUAUCAAGUAUCAUCCUGCCAAUAUUUUCUGUUAUUAACAAAUGUGA